CACUCCCACACUCACCCCUUUCCCUUCGCCUCCAAACCCCAGCGGCAGAACCUUAUCCCCUGCGAGUCUUAUCCCCCUCUGCAAUGGCGGCCACCCUCUUCUCCACCGCGCUCUCGCACCACUUCAUCCCGCUCCCCUCCGCCGCCAGGCCCGCCGCCGCCUCGGCCUCCUUCGCCUGCGGCCCGCUGCGCGCCGUGUCGGCGCUGCUGGCGCCGCGGAGGCGGCUCCUGCUGCCCGUGGCCGUGGCCGUGUCGUCCGAGUUCGGGACGGAGGACGCCGAGGAGGAGCAGAGCGAGGGCGAGGGCGGCGGCGACUCCGAGGCCGAGUACUCCGAGGACCUCAAGGUCUUCGUCGGCAACCUCCCCUUCACCGUGGACAGCGCGCAGCUCGCCGGGCUCUUCGAGCAGGCCGGCUCCGUCGAGAUGGUCGAGGUUGUAUAUGAUAGAAUGACCGGACGGAGCCGUGGAUUUGGAUUCGUCACAAUGGGUUCAGCUGAGGAAGUUGCUGCCGCCGUUGAGCAAUUCAAUGGCUAUACGUUCCAAGGAAGACCUCUCAGGGUUAACUCCGGACCACCACCACCCAGAGAUGAAUUCGCACCCAGAACACCGAGGACCAUGGGCGGCGGCGGUGGCGGCGGCGGCAGCUUUGAUUCAGCUAACAAGCUCUACGUCGGAAACCUAUCCUGGGGUGUUGACAACUCAACGCUCGAGAACCUGUUCAGCGAACAAGGAAAGGUGCUUGAUGCUAAGGUCAUCUAUGACCGCGACAGUGGCAGGUCGAGGGGUUUCGGUUUCGUCACCUAUGGCUCUGCCGACGAGGUCAACAAUGCGAUCUCAAACCUCGACGGCGUGGACCUCGACGGCAGGCAGAUCCGGGUUACCGUCGCAGAGUCGAAGCCGAGGGAGCAAAGGCGGUUUUAAGAGAUCCUGACGCUGGUUAGAGAUUAAUCAUGUGUUCCGUAAGUGUUAGUUUGUAGUUUCUACUACUAUUUUCUCGCGGUUGAUGAGAGAGACUGGGAAGUGAAUUUGUAUACCGGAAGAUUUUUGUCAGCCGUGCAACUCGUUGCGCCUCUUGAUAGAAAAAGUAGAAAUUUUGUCAAAGUCAUUCUUAUAUGCUUAGCAGCAGAGAUGAUGUACGAUACCAUUAAAAACCCUUCUGAAUGUUUGUUGAUGCUGUGUA